GCUCCCGCCUGCAGCCCCUGUAUAAAGCCGCUGCUCACGCUCAGACUGCAUUCUCUCUUUUGCUGUUCACACAGAGGAGACCGACGCUGUAAGAUGGCCAGGACCAAGCAGACUGCCCGUAAAUCCACCGGAGGAAAAGCUCCCAGGAAGCAGCUCGCCACUAAGGCUGCCCGUAAGAGCGCCCCGGCUACCGGAGGCGUGAAGAAGCCCCACCGUUACAGGCCCGGGACUGUGGCUCUGAGGGAGAUCCGCCGCUACCAGAAAUCCACCGAGCUGCUGAUACGAAAGCUGCCGUUCCAGCGCCUGGUUAGGGAGAUCGCUCAGGACUUCAAGACCGACCUGCGCUUCCAGAGCUCCGCCGUCAUGGCUCUGCAGGAGGCUAGCGAGGCUUACCUGGUCGGUCUGUUCGAGGACACCAACCUGUGCGCCAUCCACGCCAAGAGGGUCACCAUUAUGCCCAAAGACAUCCAGCUGGCCCGCCGCAUCCGCGGAGAGAGGGCUUAAGCUGUUCUGAGACCAGUUUACACCAAACACAACGGCUCUUUUAAGAGCCACAUACACGCACUCAGAGCAGCGGUUUACUGCACAGACUCUGCACUACCUGGGCCUCAGCUCAGUGCUGUUUGC